UCACAGCAGGGGCGGACUGACCAUUUGCCACUCGGGCACCUGCCCGAGGACCCGGGGUCAGUAGGGGGCCCCAUGAGAUGCCCCUGGUACCUUUCAUUGCUUUUUUGGGUGUGGUUUGUGUGUGGGCAGGACACAGGGGGGGGCCCCAUGAUUUCCUAUUGCCCAGGGGCCCCAUGAGUUGUCAGUCCACCCCUGUGUCACUCAGGGAUGCAGGCUUCCAUUGCUGGCCUCCCAUUUUGAAAAUACUAGUU